AUGCACCGCCCCGCAGCCGCCGCCGCUGGCCCCCGAGGAGGAGCCAUGACCCUGAGCGCGGAGAUGUCCGAUGCCUCCGGACUGGCGGAUGAGACCGAUAUCGACGUGGUGGGGGAGGGCGAGGACGAAGAGGAAGAGGAGGAGGAGGAAGAAGACGGCGGCGGCGGCGGCGGCAGAGGCGGCGGGCCGGGGCUCCGGAGGCGGCGUCGCUCUUACGCUGAAGAGGAAGACGAGGAGGAAGAGGACGACGACGAGGACGAGGACGUGCUGCUGUCCCCGGGCACAGGGGGCUCCACAGCCGCCCCGGGUGCAGUCCAGGCUGCCGGGUCCGGCGGCGAGAGCAGCGGCGGCGGCGGGGGCAGUUCCGGGGCGGCGGGCGGAGGCGGCGGCAGCGGCGGCGGGGGCGCGGUUGCCGGAGGCGGUGGCGGCGGCGGCGGCGGGGCCAAGAACCCGCUGGUGAAGCCGCCCUACUCGUACAUCGCGCUCAUCACCAUGGCCAUCCUGCAGAGCCCCAAGAAGCGCCUGACGCUGAGCGAGAUCUGCGAGUUCAUCAGCGGCCGGUUCCCCUACUACCGGGAGAAGUUCCCCGCCUGGCAGAACAGCAUCCGCCACAACCUCUCUCUCAACGACUGCUUCGUCAAGAUCCCCCGGGAGCCCGGGAACCCGGGCAAGGGCAACUACUGGACCCUGGACCCGGAGUCCGCCGACAUGUUCGACAACGGCAGCUUCCUGCGCCGGAGGAAGCGCUUCAAGCGGCAGCCGCUGCUCCCGCCCGCCGCCGCCGAGACGCUGCUGCUGCGGGGCGCCGGGGCCGCGGGGGCCGGAGGGGACCCGGCGGCCGCAGCCGCCGCCGCCGCAGCCGCUGCGGCGGCCGCCCACCACCACUCGCACCCACACCCGCACUCGCCUCCGCCACCCGCCCACGGGGCGGCGGCCGAGCUGGCCAGGACCGCCUUCAGCUACCCGCCGCCCCCGCUGGGCCCGGGCCUGGCGGGCUCGCUGCAGGCGGCGGCCAAGCCGGGAGCCGGCCCGGGCCUGGCGCGCUCGCCCUUCUCCAUCGAGAGCAUCAUCGGGGGCAGCCUGGGCCCCGCCGCCGCCGCCGCCGCCGCCCGGGCCGCCCAGGCCGCCGCCGCCGCCGCGUCGUCGUCGUCGUCGUCUUCGUCGUCGUCGCCGCUGUCGCCCUCGCCCGCCGCGCCCGGGGGCAGCUGCGCGGUGCAGGCGGCCGUGGUGCCCGCAGCCGCGCUCACCCGCUCCCUAGUGGCCGCCGCCGCCGCCGCCGCCGCAGCCUCGUCGUCCUCGGCCGCGCUGGGGACGCUGCACCCGGGGACGGCCCUGUCCAGCGUGGAGACCUUGACCGCUAGGAUUUCGAACUGUUAAUGGUUGGUAGCUUUCUUUUGCUUUAAAAGACCAAACAAACCGAUUUUGAGGGGGAAAAAAAAGAAGGUAGGAUAUCGGGGUCCUUCUUACUUUCCUGACUUGGUCGGGGUUUGGGGUUUGCGUUUUGUUCCCACCCCUCCCCCUACAGUCACCUUGGCCUCCGUGGAACCCCCACCCCCACUCCCACCCCAGCGAGACCGCGUGUUUUCGGCGGCAGACCGGGCUCCCCUCCUGAUGCCCACUAUUUAUGCAAAAUCAAUCCUAUGCUGCAGCAGCAGAAACCAUGUGGAUGGAUGGAUUGAGGGUUGGUGGCAGUAUCCGUGUUUGGA